GAGAGUUAUUUGGACAAAGUGGAAAUAAAGUUCAUUAUAAUGGAUGAUAGGGAAUCUCCUACGAAUGAUCUUCCUUUAAAUUUACAAGAUGUACUUCAUGCUGACAUACAUGAAGAAAGGAUCAAAAGUUGCUUGGCUUCUUCUCCAGAUGAAAAUGAAAAUCAGUGUAAGAGUAGGAAGCAUAAUACUCUGAAAAACUCUCAUAACACAAUGGGAAGAGUUGAGCAGGACAGCAUUAAUAAUAACGAGGACAGUAGAGACUAUACAUCUUGCUUCCAAGAAGAUGAAAGGGAUAGGCCAUGUAAAAGUUUGAAAUCAGACAUGCCACAGAAGCUUGGUUCUGAAAAAAAGAAUCCAAGAAAAACAAAGAGUGCUAGCAGGAAAGACAUUUCUGCAGCCAAACAAGAGAAAGCUGACUUUACAGCAGUAUCUUAUGUGCAAGGGGCAGAUGGAAACAAGACAAAUUCAAACCAUCCUCUGAAAGAACCAGCUCAAACUUUACAAUUAAUCUUCUCUCUUCUUCAAGAAGAAUUUAAGCAAAUGGAUUCAAGUGUACUUCCCCUCUUCCUGCAUCAGAUUGCUGAAACUUACUUUCAAGAUGGAGAAUAUGAGAAAGCAAUGAAGUUCAUUUGGCUUGAACAGUUGUAUCACAAGCAGUUGCUUACAAAUCUCUCUUCUCUUCAGCAGCAGUGGGAAACAAAAUGGAAAGCAACAGUGUGCAAUGAGGUUCCAAAUCUAAAGAAUUCUUCUAAAGAGCUGAAUAAUGAAGAGCUAGACAAACUUGCUGAAUUUUGCACAUCUCAUCAAGAGCCACUUGUCUCCAGAAGCAAGCUCAUAAAUAAAGAAAUAUCCUUCAGAUGUGAACAGUUCAUAAGUUUAAUGGCAUCUGAAGAUUUAAAAGAACAAAGUACUUCUACAUGGGAUUCAGAUACUCAGAGCCGGCCAAGUACUGAAACAAAGAAAAAGAAUCAUCACAAAGAAAGAGAGAGGGAUGAAAGUUUCCAGUCUGAAAGCUGUUGUCUGAUUAAGGAAAAAGAAAGGCUUCACAUAUCCGGGAGGAAACACCAUCUCCAGGAGCAGCUCUGCAAUACUGAACCCACACUGAAUCAGCCAUUUGNAUUAGUUUGGACAGAUGCUGAUUAUAUACCUCCUGAUCUUAUAGCCACCGAUGAAAAUAUUCCAUCUGAAAGAAACUUACUGAGGACAAAAAGCUGUUCUAGCUCUGUGGUGAUUGCGGGUAGCCAGUUGGAAAGCAGCAUAGUAAAUCAGCUGCUGCAGCAGCAGCCUGAUUAUGAAAAUAACAGGAAAUCUGUGCAGAACCAAACAUCAGACAUCAGUGGGAAUGUACAGUUUGACACUGAGAUGUCCAAACAGCCCAGAGUUAUAUAUGAAUGGAUACAGGAAGAAACAACAAUACUGGAAGAAAAAGGUGAAAGUGAGGGGUCAGAAGGCUUCUUUGAACAGAUUUUGAACGGUACCAUAAAAGUUAGAGAAGGGGCUCUUAAAUUUCUGGAAACCCAAGAGGACUCUGAAAUUCUUCCACAUAUUCCACCUGAACAAGCACUUUAUUCUUCGUCGGAAGAUUAUUCACCAGAUGAAAAUUUUUCUUCACUUGAUGAGCUUGCAAAACGAAUACAGAUUGCAGAGACUGUUCGUGCGGAGGGGCUUGUGUCUAUAUUGAAAAAAAGAGAUGACAGUGAAGAAAAAACACUGGCUCAAAUCCAGCAGAGACAGUCAAAAAGAAGAGUGAGAUUCCAAGAAAUGGAAGAAUCAUUAGAACAAGAGGACGCUGGAGCUGGCUCCUGCAUUUUGCUGAUCUUACUGUGCAUAGCAACUGUAUUCUUUAGUAUUGGAGGAACAGCAUUGUACUGUACCUUGGGCAACACAGAAUCUGCAGUAUGUACUGAUUUUGCUGCCAAUGUGGAUUUUUACCAUAGCCAGAUACGGAAGGGUAUAGAAGAAAUCAAACACUGGAUAUCUUUAUAAUAAAAGAAGAAAUAUGAACAUAUAGUAAUAUUUUACUGUCGCAGAAGAAAGAAAAAUAGUUGAAGCGUUGAAUAAUUUGGCACUUUCAGAAGAAGUAACAUGACAUGGGAAGCAUCUGUGUUGUACAUAGGAGUUAAUGUCCAGUAAUUACCUAGAGUUAUUGAUCAACUUUCAUGAGGCAGCAUAAGAGACUGUCCUAAUGUACUCCUUUUGAAAUGCUCAGAACAAUCUUCUGUUUACCAACUUAGAAAAGAAAAAGAAAUUCAUCUUUCCUAAAAUUUCCAAUCCUCAUACAGUCAUAUGCAAUCUCUGUAAAUUUUAAUACAAAACAGCUGAUUUUCCUUAUUUCAUAAUGCAAAGAUAUUGUCUCCAGUUAUCAUGCAAUAAGUUCAUAUUUAAUGGAAACAAACCUUAUUUAAGAAUCAUGUAUUUUAUGUUGUUAAUUUCGAUGAAUUGUAAUAAUUUGAGUAUGGCAAUGGUACACAUAGCAGCCUCCUCCAUUUAGAUGUUAUUUAAUUGUGCAGCAUUUUACAAUGUAGUAGUUGUAAUAAGUGAUGUAUUCAUUAUUUUCAUAUACAGCCUUGGCAAAAUAUGCAGAGUUUUAGUAAUAGAAUCCUUAAAAUGGAUUUAUAAAACAGGUUCUCUAUAUAAAACCAAAUAUAAAAUAUGGCUCAUUUCAGUGCCAGUAAUAGCCAUCCAGGAUUAGUUGGAAUAAGGUAGCAUCCAGAUUGAAUAAAUAAAUAAAUAAAUUGUGAUUCACAUUUUUAAAAAAGGGUUCACUUUGCAUUUAUUUUUUUAGAUCCAUUUUUAUAGUAUUGUGAGUGUUCAUCUAACACGGUAAAGUGGAACACAACAAAUAUAUUUACAAGCACUGACAUAAAACAUCUGAAUUUGACAGACAUUUUUUCUCUUGAGUGUGAUUCUAGUAACAAAAGUGGGUUUCUUCUCCAUUACAAGCCAAAAUGGCGGCUUGACAAUGUUAAAUCCCCUUUUGGUUUUAUUAAAACUACUGAUUUAUAUUUCUCCAAAUUAUAAAGAAAAAAAUAAACUGAAAAAGUGUACCUUAGAAUGAAGGUAUCAGAC